AUGUCGAUUCUUCUAUCUUUCUUCGUGCUUUUUAUCUUCUCCUUAUUCUACACCAAGAAGAUCAAAAACACAAACCAUAAUCUUCCUCCAGGCCCAACAAAACUUCCGAUCAUUGGAAAUCUACACCAGCUCCAAGGGUUGCUUCAUAGAUGCCUUCAUGUUCUGUCCAAGAAACACGGACCCGUGUUGCUUCUCCGUCAAGGUUUUGUCCAAAUGGUAGUUCUCUCAUCUAGCGAAGCAGCCGAAGAAGCUCUCAAAACUCAUGACCUUGAGUGUUGUAACCGACCUAUGACCAACGCCUUAUCAAAGUUCUCACGUAACGGUAAAGACAUAGCCUUUGCGCCAUAUGGUGAGGUCUCGAGAGAGUUGCGCAAGCUUUCUGUUCUCAACUUUUUCAGCACGAACAAGAUUCAAUCUUUUAGGUACAUUAGAGAGGAAGAGAAUGUUUUUAUGGUCAAGAAACUGAAGGAAUCGGCUCUGAAGAACUCUCCGGUGGAUUUAAGUAAAAACCUUUUUUACUUAGCUGCAAGUAUCGUAUUCAGAACUGCCUUUGGACAGAGUUUCUUCAAGAACAAGCAUGUCGAUAAGGAAAAGAUCGAAGAAUUGAUGUAUAAAGCUCAGAGAACUAUUUCUUUCAAAAUCUCUGAUCUCUUCCCUAUCGCUGGUCUUGGAUGGUUUAUAGACUUUGUGUCUGGACAACAUAAGAGAUUUCACAACGUUUUCAUCGAGGUUGAUACCUUUCUUAGUCAGAUAAUUGAUGAUCAUCGUCAAAAUAAGAGCCAAACUCAAGAUCGUCCGGAUAUCAUCGACUCGCUCUUGGAUAUGAUACAUAGAGAAGAACAAGAUGAAUCUUUCAAGCUAACCAUUGAUCAUCUAAAAGGAAUCAUCUCAAAUAUAUAUAUAGCUGGAGUAGACGCAAAUGCCAUCACCAUGAUUUGGGCGAUGGCAGAGCUCGUUAGAAACCCUAGGGUGAUGAAAAAAGCUCAAGAAGAGAUCCGGACUUGCAUCGGAAUCAACUCAAAGGAGAGAAUCGAGGAACAAGAUCUCGAUAAGCUUCGAUACUUGAAGCUUGUGGUGAAAGAAACCUUAAGACUACACCCAGCAGCUCCUCUGUUACUCCCUAGAGAAACAAUGAGUCAAAUCAAGAUUCAAGGCUAUGACAUUCCCCCAAAAGAUCUUUUAUUGGUUAAUGCAUGGUCAAUAGGGAGAGAUCCUAAGCACUGGGAAAAUGCAAAAGAGUUUAUACCGGAGAGGUUUAUGGAUUCUCCUGUGGACUAUAAUGGACAUAGCUUUGAGAUGCUACCUUUUGGUUCUGGUCGGAGAAUUUGUCCAGGUAUUGCUUAUGGGAUCGCGACCGUUGAAAUGGGACUCGUGAAUUUGCUUUACUACUUUGAUUGGAGAUUGCCUGAGGACAAGAAAGAUAUGGACAUGGAGGAAGCUGGUGAUGUCACUAUUGUUAAGAAAGUUCCUCUUGAGCUUGUUCCUAUCCUUCGCCAUUGA